GCCAGGGAGACCCAGGUGGCCUCUCUGAACAAGAGCACUGAGUGGCCCGGAGCAGCAUGAGGCAGAGCUGGGGAUCAGGGCUGCUUAUUGUGGGAGCUGUGGUCCUGAUAGAGGGUCUUCAAGCAGCUCAGCGUGCAUGCGGGCAGCGCGGCCCUGGCCCUCCAGAGCCUCAGGAAGGCAGCACAUUACCUGGUGAGUGGCCCUGGCAGGCCAGUGUGAGGCGACGAGGGGCACACAUCUGCAGUGGCUCCUUGGUGGCAGAUACCUGGGUCCUCACAGCUGCUCACUGCUUUGAAAAGGUGGCCACAACAGAACUGAGCUCCUGGUCCGUGGUCCUGGGUUCUCUGAAGCAGGAGGGGCUGAGCCCGGGGGCUGAGGAAGUGGGAGUCACUGGCCUGCAGUUGCCCAAGGCCUAUAACCACUAUAGCCAGGGAUCGGACCUGGCCCUGCUCCAGCUCAGCCAUCCCACAGCCCAUACAACCCUCUGCUUGCCCCGGUCCACCCAUCAUUUCCCCUUUGGAGCCUCUUGCUGGGCCACAGGCUGGGACCAGAACACCAGUGACGUUUCCAGGACCCUACGGAAUCUGCGUCUUCGUCUCAUCAGCCGCCCCACUUGUAACUGUCUCUACAAUCGGUUACACCAGCGGCUGCUGGCCAGCCCAGCGAGACCUGGGAUGCUGUGUGGGGGUGCACAGCCUGGGGUACAGGGACCCUGCCAGGGAGAUUCUGGGGGACCUGUGAUGUGCCGCGAGCCUGAUGGACACUGGGUCCAGGUUGGAAUCAUUAGCUUCACAUCAAAAUGUGCCCAAGAGGACACUCCUGUGCUGCUGACUGACACGGCUAUGCACAGUUCAUGGCUGGAGGCCCACGUUCAUGGGGCAGCUUUCCUGGUACAGGACCCAGGAACUGUGGAAACCAGUGACGAGAACAGCUGUGUCGCAUGCGGCUCCUUGAGGAGCGGAGGCCCCCAGGCGGGAGCCCUCUCUCAGUGGCCCUGGGAUGCCAGGCUGAAGCACCAUGGGAAGCUGGCUUGUGGUGGAGCCCUGGUGUCAGAGACGGUGGUGCUGACUGCUGCUCACUGCUUUAUCGGGCGCCAAACCCUAGAGGAGUGGAGUGUAGGUCUGGGGGCUGGACCAGAGGAACGGGGCCUGAAGCAACUCAUUCUGCAUGGGGCCUACACCCACCCAGAGGGUGGCUAUGACGUGGCCCUCCUGCUGCUGGCUCAGCCUGUGACGUUGGGCCCUGGCCUGAGGCCCCUUUGCUUGCCCUAUGCUGACCACCGCCUGCCUGAUGGUGAACACGGCUGGGUUCUCGGGCUGACUCAAGGAGCAGGCAACAGCUACCCCCAGACAGUACCUGUGACAGUCUUGGGGCCAACAGCCUGUAGCCAACAACAUCCAGGCCCUGGGAGCACGGGCAUGCCCAUUCUGCCAGGGAUGGUAUGCACCACUGCUGUGGGCGAGCUGCCUCAAUGUGAGGGCCUGUCCGGGGCACCACUCGUCCAUGAGGUCAGGGGCACAUGGUUCCUGGCUGGACUGCACAGCUUUGGAGACACCUGCCAAGGCCCUUCGAGGCCUGCCGUCUUUGCCGCCCUCUCUGCCUAUGAGGACUGGGUCAGCCAUCUAGACUGGCAGGUCUACUUCGCUGAGGAGCCAGAGCCCGAGGCUGAGCCUGGAAGCUGCCUCGUCAAUUCAAGUAUGUGUCGCUCUUCACUCUUCCUCCUUAGCCCCGGCUCUCAUCUCGGGAAACACUGGUGUGACUCAUCUCUAGCUGCCUGGGGUGUGGGGUAAGCAACAGACAGACCCACGUGGACUUUAGGCAGCAGGGGGUCUCAGCGUCUUGGUUUUCAGCUCUCCCAUACACCACAGGGGCCAACACGGGUCCUGCUUCUUCAAGGAAGUAAUAAAGCUAUAGGUAGGGACGGGGCCAAAUUAACUUCCUUCCUCUCCUUGACAGGCCAAGCAGCCAGCUGCUGACUGGUGACUCUCUAGUCUACUCACAAGACGCAACUCCCACGUGAACACCCAACUCCACGCUGAUGCCCUCCCCUCCCUGUCUUGUGGGCCCCAGCCCUGAGGCAGGUCCCACAGCUGUCUGGCUGGGAAUGAGCCUGCCCAAGGACGCUUUCCAUGUGUGGCCAUGACCCCACCCCUAAGCUCUGCCUUCCAACAGAGGUGUCUCCAGUAUUCCCUAAACAGUCCUUCAGAGACAACACUAGCAGCUGUUGUGGAAAAAAAAAAAGUGUUUUUUUAGGGGGUGGGGAGCAAUUUUCCUUUUUUAAAACUUAAAUAAAUUGUUACAAAAUAGAUUUUAGAAAAUAAGUUACAAACUGUAGUAAAAGCUCCCCUUCCACAGGCCACUUUCCCACCUGUGGUACGCGCUCUGAAUCUGCCUCUCCCUGGGUUAGAACCUGGCUAGCCCAGCAUUCUGGCAGAGCCUGGCCCUGGAAGAACACGGUGACAAAGGCUUAGGAAGGAGACCCUUCAUGGACACAGACAUGAAGACUAUCUUAUGCCCUGCUUGCCAAAGAAACCAGGUCAGGGUCCUCUUCGUGGGAAGAGGAGGUGGGGAUGCCCAAGCAACUCCUGAGCAAACGUGGAGAUGAAGCCUCUCCCUGCCUGCACCCCCAGCUUCAGUGAACUCUUCUCUGGAGACUUGAAGUUCACAGGGAGAAGUUGAGGUCUGCAGGCCACUGGGGCGAGGCGUCGAGGCGUGAGGCUGGAGAGGAGUCCCCUCUGCUUGUU